UUGUGUUGUUUUUGAUUUUAAUUCAUUGUUUUUUGUUUUUCAGAUGCAGGCCACCAGGAGGAAGCGGGCCUACCUGCGGGAGGCCAAUGCGUGGCUGCGGUGGGAGGACGAGGAGGGUGAAACCCUGGAAGGCGAAAAUAUUUUCGCCAUCCAGGAUUUGCACGCCAGGGCCGCGAAAUGGUUGGCGGAUGCGGAGGACGAGGCCUACCUGGCCGGAGCCCGUUGGGAGGGAGGUGUCGGCCCAGACACCCCGAGAGCGCGGUGGGUCCGCGCUGUGAGGCGCGAGUCGCGCCAGUUCGAGGCCGAGGGCGAGCAGGUGCUCGUCCUAUACGACGUCGAGGAUGCCUGGGCGCUGAGGAUCCUCUUCGGGGAGGAGUCCGCCCAGCCUGACCUGACGGAGGAGGACUGGUCCCUGGAGCAGUGGGACUGA